AUGAGUUCCUAUUUCGUCAACUCUCUCUUCUCCAAGUACAAAAGCGGGGACUCGUUGCGCCCCAACUACUACGAGUGCGGUUUCGCGCAGGAUCUGGCCGGCGGCCGUCCCACGGUGGUGUACGGGCCGGGCUCCGGCGCCACCUUCCAGCACGCCCCGCAGAUCCAGGACUUCUACCACCACGGCGCCUCGACGCUGCCCAGCAACCCCUACCAGCAGAGCCCCUGCGCCGUGACUUGCCACGGCGAGCCCGGGAACUUCUACGGAUAUGACGCCCUGCAGAGGCAGACGCUCUUCGGGGCCCAGGACGCAGAUUUGGUCCAGUACAGCGACUGCAAGCUGGGAGGCGCUCCGGGACUCGGCGCCGAGGACGCGGAGGGAACCGAGCAGAGUCCUUCACCCACGCAACUCUUUCCCUGGAUGAGGCCGCAAGUAGCUGCCGGCAGGAGGCGAGGCCGGCAGACGUACAGCCGCUACCAGACUUUGGAGCUGGAGAAGGAGUUCCUGUUCAACCCCUACCUGACCCGAAAGCGCCGCAUCGAGGUGUCGCACGCGCUGGCGCUGACGGAGCGGCAGGUGAAGAUCUGGUUCCAGAACCGCAGGAUGAAGUGGAAGAAGGAGAACAACAAGGACAAGUUCCCCAGCAGCAAGAGCGAACAGGAGGCGGUGGAGCGGGAGAGGAGGGAGAAGGAGCUCCGGGAGGGAGGCAGCGGCGGAGGCGCCGGCGGAGGAGGUGAGGCGGGAGGCGGAGGAGGAGGUCUCGCACCGGUGGCGGGAACAGCUGCUUCGCAAGCCAACCUCAGCGAGGAUUGCUGCGACAAAAGUCACAAGCAGAUGUAG